AUGGAGUCUGAAGUGGCUCAGAUUAAGAGGUUCAUGAGGGCGCUUCGUGAGAACUUAAGGGUCCACUGCAGAGGGAGGAGUUAUGCUACGAUGGCGGAGCUAGUGGAGACUGCAGCUGAGAUAGAGGAUGACUUGAGGGGGAAGACUGUGGUGGUUAGCCCUACCGUUCAGCCAUAUGAGACAUUGGAGCCGAGCAUUCCGAGCAAGGCCAUGUAUACCAUCGAGUUUCAGAAAAGAGGUCUACCUCAUGCUCAUAUCUUGCUAUGGAUGCACCCAGAUUCAAAAUUGCCAAAAGCUGAGGACAUUGACAAGUUGAUAUCCGCUGAAAUCCCCAACAAGAAUAAAGAUCCAAUACUUUUCGACAUUGUAAAGGAAACAAUGAUUCAUGGCCCUUGGGGAGCUGUUAACCCAAAUUCACCAUGUAUGGAAGAAGGGAAGUGUACAAAGUUUUAUCUAAAGAAAUACGUGGAGCAUACAACUGUUGACAAAGAAGGAUUUCCGUCAAGCAGUUUAUCCCAGCCAGAAUUGGUUUGGAACAAAACUUGGGAACUUCUUUGUGAUGAGAUUCAAAGGGAGAGGCGAUUAUACUUUAAUCAGCUAGACCUAAUGUUGUCAGAUGAAGAUAAACAGAGGAUUGCACUCCAAGAUAUUGAUAACAUAUUGAGAAGGAACGGAACAGCUCUAACAAAUUUUGGUUCGAUGCCGCAGUUGCCUGAAGGAAUAGUUGAUAACACCAAUGUGCAGAUCAUUGAUGAACAAAAUUAUGAUCGUGAUGACCAGAAAAGAAAACAUGAUCAAUGGUUGCUUCAGAUGACUGAAGAGCAUAAGCAUAUUUAUACUGAGAUUGUAAACGCGGUUGAUAACGACACUGGUGGUGUAUUUUUCAUCUAUGGUUUUGGAGGUACUGGGAAAACAUUUGUUUAUAAUACUCUAUCUGCUAGAUUUAGAAGUAGAGGGGCCAUUGUACUCAAUUUGGCAUCCAGUGGGAUUGCUUCACUACUGUUAGCAGGUGGGAGGAUAGCUCACUCAAUGUUUGGUAUCCCGUUAAACCCUCAUGAGUUUAGUUUUUGUCACCUUAAGCGUGGAAGUGAUCUUGCAAACUUAGUGGAAGAAGCAUCUUUAAUAAUUUGGGAUGAAGCUCCAAUGAUGAGCAAACAUUGUUUUGAGUCAUUAGAUAGAAGUUUGUCUGAUAUUAUUAGAUGUGAAAACAAUAGGCCUUUUGGUGGAAAAGUCGUUGUGUUUGGAGGUGAUUUCAGACAAGUUUUGCCGGUCAUUCAAGGUGGUAGGAGGGCAGAAAUUUGUAUAGCUGCACUAAAUGCUUCUUAUAUUUGGGAUAAUUGUAAAGUUUCAAGGCUUACAAAAAAUAUGCGCCUAAUGUCUGGUAAGCUGAGUAUGACUGAGACAAAUGAUAUUAACGAGUUCUCAGAGUGGAUUCUUGCUGUUGGAGAAUGUAAACUCUCGGAGCCUAAUGACGGUGAGGUUUUGAUUGAUAUCCCCGAUGAGUUACUAAUAAACAAUGCAAGUGAUCCCAUAGAAGCAAUAACCAAGGAGGUUUAUGGAGAUCCAAAAUUAUUGAAGGAUAAGACUGAUCCUAAAUUUUUCCAAGAAAGAGCAAUUUUGUGCCCAACCAAUGAGGAUGUGGGCAUUAACAACGACUUUAUGCUUGACCAACUAGAAGGUCAAGAACAUAUAUACUUAAGUUCAGACUCUAUUGAGCCUUCUGAUAAGCGUUCUGCCAACAAUCCAGUGAUGACUCCAGAGUUCUUGAACAUCAUAAAGGUUUCUGGGAUUCCGAACCACAGCAUUAGGUUGAAGGUUGGAUGUCCAGUCAUGCUAUUAAGGAAUAUAGAUGCAAGAGGUGGGCUAAUGAAUGGUACACGUUUACAGAUUACACAAAUGGCAGAAUUUGUUUUGGAAGCUAUUAUCAUUACAGGAGAUAGAGUUGGAGAUAAAGUGUUGAUCCCACGAUUAUUGUUAACUCCUUCAAACACAAAACUUCCUUUCAUCAUGCGUAGAAGACAAUUGCCAUUGGUUGUCGCCUUUGCAAUGACCAUUAAUAAAAGUCAAGGACAGUCGUUGAGCAACGUUGGUUUGUAUUUACCCCGACCAUGUUUUUCACAUGGCCAGCUCUAUGUUGCUUUAUCAAGAGUUAUUUCUAAGAAGGGGCUUAAGGUGUUAAUCGUUGAUAAAGAUGGGAAACCACAAAAGAAAACCAUGAAUGUGGUGUUCAAAGAAGUUUUUCAAAACAUAUAG